UGCAAAGUUUUGGAAUGAGCAAUUUCCAGGUUUUCAUACAUGUCACAUCUAAUUUUCUGCUCCUGUGUCAAAAAUCUUUUUGGCAAGAAGCUGGGAUUUGUAAACAAACAUUGAAAUGAACUUGUAUCAUAACAUUUCACAAAGGUUGCUUUCAGAAUUAAUUCUCUGCAUUAAGACACUGUUUAUUCAUUUAUGCAGAGAAACCUUGGCAAUGGGGUGAGCAUACCCCAGGAAAGGUGGCAACACCUGAUGGCACAGCCUAAAGAUUCCCUCUUUGUGAGGGAAGCUGCAAAGGCGAUAUGGGGUGUGCACAACCUCUACAACAGUAGUAUUACGGGCACCCCAUGUCGCCGUUUCCUUCACAAAGAGGGCGGGCUUCCGAGCAUCGAAAAGCAGGCAUUGACUCCCAGAAAACUGGAUGCCCUGAAGAAUGCCUACGAAGAACACUUGAAGGUGCACCAAAGUGCGCUGCCUGAGGUUCAACGUCGCCGCAACCUGAAUCGGCACCUUGCCGACCUCCUCAAGGUGCUGAAGAAGUAGAGCAAGAAAACGAGGAACCCAGCCUUCAACAGUCACGUACACAAAAGAGAAGAAAGA